AUGCAGCUGCUGCUGGCGCUGGGCUGCAGCCGGGGCCUGGGGCGCACCCUGAGCGCAUGGGGGCUGCGCUCUGGCCGCUCCGGGCCCGGCGCGCUGCCUGCAGCGAGACUCUGCGACCCCAGGCGCACCGGGAGCCGCCAGGCCUCCGACGUCCCCCGCAACCAGCCCCCAAGCUCAGAAUUCGUGGCCCGCUCCGUGGGCUCUAUGAUGCGGCUGCCGGUGCAGUCCUCCCCCGAGGGACUGGACGCCGCUUUCGUCGGGGUGCCCCUGGACAUUGGGACCUCCAACCGGCCUGGGGCGAGAUUUGGCCCCCGUAGGAUACGGGAGGAAUCGGUGAUGCUGCGGUCAGCCAAUCCGAGCACGGGGGCCCUCCCCUUCCAGUUCCUCAUGGUCGCGGAUCUGGGCGAUGUGAAUGUCAAUCUUUACAACCUUCAGGACAGCUGCCAGCUCAUUCGAGAGGCCUAUCAGAAAAUCGCAGCAGCUGGCUGUGUUCCUCUGACCUUGGGUGGAGAUCACACAAUCACAUAUCCCAUAUUGCAAGCAAUGGCUGAAAAGCAUGGCCCUGUGGGAUUGCUGCACGUGGAUGCGCACACGGACACAGCCGACAAGGUCCUGGGAGAGAAACUGUAUCACGGGUUGCCCUUCCGCCGAUGCGUGGACGAGGGGCUCCUGGACUGUAAGCGGGUGGUGCAGAUCGGCAUCCGGGGCUCUUCCAUGACCUUGGAUCCCUACAGAUACAACUGGAACCAGGGCUUCCGGGUCGUCCUUGCCGAAGACUGCUGGAUGAAGUCGCUGGUUCCUCUGAUGGGGGAGGUGAGGCAGCAGAUGGGAGGCAAACCCAUUUAUAUCAGCUUUGAUAUUGAUGCCUUGGAUCCUGCCUAUGCCCCAGGGACAGGGACGCCUGAAAUCGCUGGUCUCACCCCUAGUCAGGCUCUGGAGAUCAUCCGGGGCUGUCAAGGCCUGAAUGUGGUGGGUUGUGACCUUGUGGAAGUUUCACCAUUGUAUGAUCCUUCUGGAAACACGGCGCUGCUGGCGGCUAACCUGCUGUUUGAAAUGCUGUGUGUUCUCCCCAAAGUGAAAGUUGUCUGAGCUUGUGCUCGUCAAGAUAAAAUAACUGAUGGCAUCAGUGGCAAAUUCUCAAGAAGAAUUUAUGAGCAAGCAGUCUGGGUACUGAAGGGUUUAUGCCAAUAAAGCUUCCUGCUCAAAGUGUCAUUGGUGUCUGUAAGAUCAGGGCACUCAGUAGAACUCCCAUCCAAAUAGUUAAAAUUUCAAAGGAGUUUGAAUUAACUUAAAAAAGAAAAAAAAAAGGAAGCACUCAUCAAUUGUACUGCUUUGAUUUUUACCUUUGAUGAAAGUUGGGGGAGAAAUGGAAAAUUUAGAUCAGUGUUAUCUAAAAAAUGGAGAAAUGACAUAAAGUUGAUGCAACAGUACUAGAGAAACCUUCCAUAUUUCUACAGUAUCUUCCUACUGCUUUGAGGACCAUUCAAUAAAAAACUUGAAAGUAACACGCAGGUCCUAAUAAGGCAGCUUCUUGCUUAAAACCAGGAGGACGCAGGCAAUGUCUCCUAAGCCAAACAACAUUAGCUGGCCCCCAAAGAGCCCUUAACGAAGCUUCCUCUAUCCCACUCUCUGCAAGCCUCAGUUCUGCAUGAUCUCCUCUUCAAGCCAAUGCACCGUCUAGGACAGCAAUUCUUGACAUCUCCGGUUAAGAUGUGCUGACCUUCAGCAUGUUGUGAGUUACAUGCAAAGUCAACUUUGUUGACAUGGUGUCUGUGAUUACAUAAGUUAUCAUCUUGCAAUGCAAGAGCUAUUCCAUAAUCAUCACACAUUAAAAUAGUUUAUUUCUGUUUCCAGUCUGUAAUAUUCUUAAAACAAAAUAACAUCAGCUUCAGUGCCUGUUUACAAUAAAAAAAAAAAAUAAAACCAACAAACAUAAAAAAGACACAAUUUGCCAAAUAAGUUAUUUGUUCCUAAGAGUAUCAAAAGUGCAAAAUAUUCACCUUUUUUGAGAUCUGUCUCCCAAGUACAACCAUCCUCCUUGAUAAACUGAACAGAGAUUCAGCAGCUGCCACACUGCAUUUGUUUUCAAGGGACAAUGUCAGGUGUUUGGACUUGGGCAACAUUUCCAUCUGUAAAGAUGUUUUGCAGCAGCUUUUGAAC